ACCUCUCUCUGUGACUCAGAAAGAUAGAGAAAGAAAGAGAGUGCUUUUUUCUUUUCUCUACUGCUAAUGCAACUUAAAAGUUCGAGGUAAAGGAGAAGGUGCGUAAUGCAUCAAGUCUCAGUUCUUAGUGCUCGAUGCUUCAAAGGAGGCACUCGUAGGAACAUAAAAUGGAUGCUCCAAGCAGAAUAGGUGACCGGUCAACCAGUGAUGUUGUGGUGAGGCUACGAACACAAGAAGGGCGUGAUGAGUGGAUAUAUUGUCACUCCGACAUCCUUGUGGAAAAGAGCAAAUAUUUUGCUGACCGCCUCUCUGAGAAUUGGCCAACAUGUCAGAUCCUUGACUCACGCAAUUGUGUUGAAGUUUACUGCCAAGAGUCAGACUUUGAUCACCAUGUCAAUGUUCUACGCCUUCUUUAUGUUGUUAUACAUGGCUCAGUUGAUGACUUGUGGAAUGGUGUAAGAAAUGCUCUUGGCAUUCUCCAGGUCGCCAUUGAACUUGGGUGCCCACAAAUUGUUACUGCUUGUGUGAACUACCUGGAAGCCGUCCCUUGGGAAGAGUCCGAGGAGGAGGAGAUUCUAAGAAUCAUACCAGGCAUGGGUGCUCAAGUGGAGCCAAUUCUUGCUCGUCUCCAACCAGUCAAUCCGUCAGCUAUACAUGGGAUUUUUAUUUCAACUCUUCGAUUUGCCACGUCAUCACCGCCUUCUUUGAUGAAUGAUCUUAAAUCUUCAGCUCAAGAGCAGCUUGAGUACAUGGUAACUGAAGAUGAUGAUGCCCCUCUAUUAAUUGCCGAUGAUGAUAUCAAAUCUGAGGUAAAAGAUUGCAUAGGGAGACUAUUUUCUAGAUUUAACAAUCUGUUAGAAGCUUUUUUAUGUGAGCCCACUGAAUCCGUUGGUGAGGAUGGAAGGAUGAAAUCAUUUCAGUCCUAUUUAGGAGAUUUUUUGUGGGCUUGUCAGUUGUUGGCAAAGUUGGAAAUUAUGAGGGAAUUUGUUAACAGUUGGGUGGAUGCAUCUGACAAAAUAGUAAAGGUCAUGCAACCAAGUCCAACAGUGGAAAUAAUUGAGACAAAACUAAAGGUUGUCGAGGUUGUGGCAAAAGUUUUGGAGUCAAUAGGGUAUGGCACUGUUAUUUUGCCAACUGCUAAACGACUUCACAUGGUGAAAGUAUGGCUUCCAUUUGUGCGGGUUACAAAACCUUUGAUUGAUUCUGUCACAACUAAUGAUGAGGAUUCUUUAGCAUUUAAGUUAGAUGGUGAACUAUGGCAGUCGUUGGAAUCAACAUUUGUUUCCAUAAUUCUUGCAUUGCCAUCCGCAGACCAAGCUGAGAUUUUGACUGAAUGGUUAGGAAAUGAGCAUGUAAGGUAUCCAGAUCUAACUGAGGCAUUUGAGGUGUGGUGCUACAGGUCCAAGGUUGCCAAGCGGAGACUGCCAUUUUUUGGGGACAACCAUUGUAUGACUAACACACUUUGAACCAUUUCUCUCAUUUUGUUUAGGCUCUGAUUCAGUAACCAUUUGCUGAGUCAAGCAUUGAGCAUCCAAGCUUUUUAAUUUUUGUUUCUUUGUAUAGAAAGUUGCAUUUAGAAAGGAAAGAGUCGUUGACAUGAAGAGGCGUCUAAGUUAGCCCCUUGUGCUCUUUGUUUUGGUUUGAAAUUGAAAUACCAGUGUUGGUAAGUUAUGUAAUGCUAGGUCCUUUGUAAUUGUAUAAACGUGGAGGUGAUUAAUCUCAUAGAUAAUAAAAAUCAAGGUAUACAAUUGUCGCCUGCUGGAAUUUGCAAUCA